AUGUUCCAGCACGGAAACUCAGCAUUGCACGAAGCGUGCUGGCGUGGCUACAGCCAAACAGUCUCCACUCUAUCAAAGUCCUUGGGAACAUCUCGAGGUCCCCUGCACACGCGCAACUUCUCAGGGUUCGCGCCCCUGCACCUUGCCUGCCAAAACGGGCACAACCAAAGCUGCCGCGAGCUUCUGCUCGCAGGUUGCAACCCAGACCUUCAAAACAACUGCGGAGACACCGCUUUACACACAGCAGCGCGCUACGGCCACGCAGGGGUGACCCGGAUCCUGAUCUCAGCCCUCUGCCGGGUAUCUGACCAGAACAAGAACGGCGACACAGCGCUGCACAUUGCUUCAGCAAUGGGCCGCCGGAAGCUGACGCGAAUCCUGCUGGAGGCGAACUGCGACCGACAUUUGAGGAACAAGCAGGGGGAAACUGCCAAGGACAUCGCCAGGAGAAAGAACCUGGCGGAGAUCCUGGAGAUCAUCAACAAGGCCAAGAACAGGCCCAGGUCCCGAUCCAAGACCCUGGAUGACGUUGACUCCAAGGUUCCUAGUCCCAGUUCCAAAAGGAAGACCAAGGACCAGGUCAAGGAUCAAGAAAAGACCAAGUCCAGCCUCAAGGACAAGGACAAGGACAAGGCCAAGGACAAGGCCAAGGCCAAGGUCCACUUUGAGCCGCAGAGAAAGUGGUCGCCGUACGGCUGCCAUUAUUAUCCAGACCCUGAAUCCUUUCCCAGUCCCAAGCUGGACUCCUUGCCAGCUGACCCUCUGGCUCGCGGGGAGCAGUACUACCUGGACCUGGCAGGGAACAUCAGAAAAGGGCCAGUGGGGGUCGGCUACACCUGCUACUGCGCGCCGUUCUUCAGGCACAUGGAGGCCAAGAUGAAGCGGGACAAGGCCGAGCUUAAAGCCCACAUUGAUCAGGCCCACGAGCGGCUGGACCUCAAGGUCGCGCACCUGGAGAAAAAGACCAGGGGUCAGAUUUCUGAACUGACCAGGCAUUUUGUCCAGGAGAAGCACAGGUGCGAGGAAAAGCAUGCCCAUACCAGGUGGCUGACCCGCAAUGCCGCUGGAAGACACUCCGAGCGGCCUGGCCCAGUUUCCAAAGGCCCAGAGGGAAUUGUCAGGGCUAAAUCAGUUGAGGACCUGCUAGAUGACCGCCAGAAUGACCGCAGCUUUGAAAUCCCUGGAGAAACCUCCGGGCAGCGGCUGGGCAGCCUGGACAAUUUGGACAUCCCCGCGAUUCCUAGAUUAAGCAAGAGCUUGAAGGAGCUGCCCAAUGAGACUGUCCUAAGGGUCCUGGAAGUCGCUCCGAGGUUAAAUGAGACCUUUGAUGGGGUCAUUGGGAGGAACAGGCCCCAGGAGGUUGAUCAGGAAGAUGAUCAGGACCUCAGCCGCAGAAGUGUCCAUGAGAUGAUCAAGAGGUUCCAGCAGGUCCCGAGGAAGAACAGGAGCGAGAGCAGUGAGGAGGAGCCCGAUAAAAGUGCGGCUACCAAUGGAUUGGGGAGGGGGAACUAUGAGAGCAUUGCGCGCAUGCCCUACAGGAGCCGCAGUGCUGUUUAUAGCCCCACGCCCUUUCAGGGCCAGCAUGAUGCCCAUAAUGACUCCGGGUAUAGUACCAGGAUGUACGGCUCCAGCAAGGGGGCGUCUCCUUCUUUGUCAGGACAAUUGGACUGUGACCUUCAGGCCAGGUUCUCCAGCAGGGAACACCUCGCUGCGUUGAUGGAGCAGCCCAGAAGUGGGGGAAGUCAUGACGUCACUGGGUUUGAACGUAGUGCGGAUAUGGUUGUUAAUAUCGGCGCUGCUAGUCUUGUUUAG